AUCAAAACAAAAUAAAUUCUGGAUGUCAUCCACAUCAAAGCCCACUUGGCAAAUACUUUCAUUAAAAUCCCUCCCUCCAUUGAUGACAUUUAUAACACUACUAGAAUAACUUCUGUUCAUUCGGAUUGGUUUUACUCUCUACUGACUAGAGAAGGCUCACAGUGAAGGCAAUCCAGGUUUGAUUCAAGGAAUGCAAAGAUGAUGGAGCAGAAGAUGAAGAACUUCAAACCCAACAAAGCAAGGUCAAGGUUCGAGUCAUGCUAAGAAGGAUGAACAUUCUAAGUAAGAAAAGGAUUGAUUAUUCAACAAGGAUUACAUUCCAAGCCGUGCACAAGACAAAUAUGUCAAUGAUAAGAUCAAGAAUCAGCAUCAUCACGACCUAAAGAGAUGCAGCUAGAAGAGAGAACUUCACAAGAAACAAAGGAGAGGACAACAUCAUGUCUAGGAAAUCAACCCUCAAGGCUAGCAUGGAGAGGUCUUCACAAUGAUGCAAUGGAGGACUCACAAAAUCAAGAUAGAGCAAUGAAGAGGAGGAAAUUUUACAAUUAUCUUGCAUUUCCUCUGGAAAUCCAAGAUUCAAGGCUAGUACACCAUGGAGAUAUCCCUACAUCAAUACAAGGAUCAAGGUCAAGAGCAAUCAAUGUGAAGGAUUCCAAGGUUGAAAGGCUGCAGUAACACAGAUCUGGCAGAAUGCUAAUGUGUGCAACAUGCCCUCCAGUGCCAUACAAGCUUCGUCAAACUUCAGCAAUUUUAUCCAGCCAGACAAUUUCUAAUUCACAAGUACCUGCUAGAUGUUCGUUACGUAUUGAAGGAGGAAGUUCGUUGCAUAAUAAUCCCAAACCCUGGCUGUUGGUUGGUUUGGGAAAUCCAGGGAAGAAAUAUGAAGGCACCAGGCAUAAUGUGGGAUUUGAGAUGAUUGAUUCCAUUGCUCAGGCUGAAGGCAUUUCGCUGAAUGCAAUUCAAUCAAAAGCACUAAUUGGAAAAGGCUACAUUUGCAAUGCACCAGUUCUUCUUGCUAAACCCCAAACAUAUAUGAACUUAAGCGGUGAAUCAGUUGGGCCACUUGCAGUAUAUUAUCGAAUACCUUUUCACCACAUUCUUCUGAUAGUUGAUAUGACAGAACUGGCAUGUGGCGUAAUGCGUCUACAAGCAAAGGGUGGACAUAGAGCCCAUAAUGGAGUGAAGAAUGUGAUUGACAAUUUGAAAGGGAAUCAUGACUUUCCUAGGCUAUAUAUUGGUGUAGGAGCUCCCCCUGGACUUAUGGAUCCCAAGGCUUAUGUACUUCAGCAGUUCAGUCCAAUGGAGCGUGAGAAGAUGAAUGCUUGCUUGCAAGAAGGAGUUGAUGCAGUGAGGCUUCUUAUAUCUAAAGGUUUUUCUGAACAUAUAGACAGCUUCAACAUAAAGCAAAAGUACAAGUAUCAUAAAGUUUGAUGUUUUCAGCUGCAAUAAAAGGGUUGGGAAACAUUAUGUGCAACAUUUGAUAUAUGAUAUGACUUUGAGAUCCAUCUAAACAUCAAGUGUUAGAUUUUGCUUCAUGGUGGUCUUUGCGGUGAUAAGCCCCAUUCGAUGUGACCUUUGAAGACUUGCUUCAGUUGAAAAAGAGAGUAUUUGUGGUUUCUCAAGUUUACACUCUUCUGCUUAAGUGGACACAAGACAAUAUGACAUAACAAGUACCUACUUUUUGAAGAUGUAGUCCACUUAACCCUUUGGUCAAAUAUCCAUAUCAUUUGCUUGCAAGUGUGCCAAUACAUGUGAAAGAAAAAGUGGACAGAACAUGGAAGAAGCAUUGUGAAACAGUUGGAACAGAAGUAUGGCCACAAACCAUGAUGAACAGUCAUAUUAUAACUAGGUUCUGAACAAGAAUAUUGCUUUCUGCUUUAUUUGCUACAGUAAAUAGCUGUUGAAUAUGUCAAUAUUCUAUUGGAAUAUUUGAGUAUAUGCAAGAAAUUAAGCCUUAAGAGUUUAUAUAAAGUUUUUAUAUCUAUA